AUGCGGCCUGCAAGGACCACUACUAUACCAAUAGACAGAGCUUGCGCUAGGAACUACGUCCGGGAAGAUAGGAAUGGCAUCAGCAGAGUCUUGUUUAACGGUAUGCUUACAAGAGUGAUAGACGACGCAAUUGGACAAGACAAUUUAAAGAACUUGGAAGUGGUUAUCCAAGAUGUUGUCAACGAGGAAUCAGGAAACGCAAUGUCAAGAGCGUUCGCCGGCCUCCUUCGUGAAGAACGACCAGAAUUCUACGACGUCUUCCCCUACAACUCAGACAUGGACCUCAACCCAGUCUUUCAAACAACUUGGAUGCCCGAAUGUUAA